AUGAUGAAACAAUUUGUUCCGACUCCGGCGGUUCCAUUGGAAAAUGUCCAUGGACCACUGCCUCAGACCGUUAUUCCCCCAGAUAUUGAUACUGAGGCGAUUCUGUCAUCCGCCAUUGAGACUCUGUCUUGCUUGAAAGAGGAUCAUCUCUGGGAGGAGGCUCUAUGGCGAGAUAUAUUGGCGUUUACUGGCUUUUUCCGCACCUUCCAUACGCCAAAGGCCAUCGCAGCAGCUUGGAAAGAACUCAAAGGACACGCCCAUCCAUCCUCUUUUAAGUAUAAUGGAGAUGCUCAGGUCAAGCAAGUAGAGUCGGCGGGAUGGAUUGAAGGAACCUUUCAGUUCAACGUUGGGGGAAGUCAUCCUGGUAAAGGGUCCGGAAUUAUCCACCUUGUCCCGAUCGAUGGUACGUGGAAGAUCUGGAUCCUCAGUACCAUGCUGGAAUCUGUCGAUGGGCUGGGGAAUCCCGACACAGCUCCUAGCCUGCCCAGUAAUGGCGUCAAUGGUGCAGUAAGCCAGGACAGCAAUGGAAUCCCCCAAGGCGUUUCGGAGACAACCGAAGUGUUGAUCGUUGGUGCGGGGCAGAACGGAAUAUGUGUAGCCGCCAGGCUGAAAAGCCUCGGAGUCAAAGCUGUCUUGAUCGAAUCGGAGGAUGAGGUGGGCGGUAACUGGUCGUCACGGUACGAAUCAGUCACGUUACACACCGGCAAGUACUACGCGCAUCUACCCUUUGAGGCGACCUUUGCUGGCGAUGAGUGGCCCUACUUUCUUCGUGGCGUAGACCUUGCCAAGGGAUAUCGGGAUUAUGUCAAGCGAUAUCACCUUGAUGUCAGGACAUCGACGACAGUUGAAAAAGCCAAUUGGCUUAAAGACUCAGCCUCCUGGCUCAUCGAGACUGUUUGCAAAGGAAAGCGCACGGCCAUCGGAGCCAAGCACAUCGUCUUUGCCAUGGGCGCCGGAGGACAGCAACCCAAGAUGCCGCACAUCCCAAACAGGGAGGCCUUCAAAGGUAUAAGUAUCCAUUCCAAGGAAUACAAGUCGUCGAAGCAGUGGAGAGGCAAGAAGGGUGUCGUGAUCGGAACGGCCAAUACAGCACACGACGUGGCGGUUGAUAUGGUCGAGGCAGGUCUCACCUCAGUCCACAUGGUUCAACGCAACCGUACACCGGUCAUCCCGUGGCCUUGGUUUGGGGAGCCUCACACUCGCAACUACAACCCCAAAUCUAUAACUGCCGAGUCAGACCGCCGCGAGUUUCCCCUCCCAUUGGUAUUCUACCGGAAUUUGACAAUGCUUAUUGUCAAGAAGUUGUCGGCUCAAGAUUCCGAGAAAUUCGACGGACUCGAGCGGGCCGGCUUCAAAGUCGACCGGUUCCCCGACGCUAUAAGUAUCCAGUAUGAGCGUCAAGGUGGACACUACCUUGACAUGGGAGGGUCUCAGAUGAUUAUUGAUGGUAAGAUCAAGGUCAAGUCUGAGCGCAUAUCCAGAUUCGUGCCAGAGGGCCUCGAGUUCCAGGACGGUAGCAUCCUGGAAGCAGACGCCAUUGUAUGGUGUACUGGAUUUGAGAACGACAUGCGCACCAUGAUCUCGGACAUUGUGGGGACCGAGAUAGUCGAGAGAAUCGAGCAUCAUUGGCAUCUGGAUAAGGAGGGUGAAAUCAGGGGUGCAUUCAAACCUGUUGGCCAUCCGAGAAUGUGGUACACCGGAGGUGGUGUUGGUAUUGCACGAUUCUAUUCGCGGUUCCUGGCGCUCCAGAUCAAGGCUGAUCUUGCAGGUGUACCAUUUGAGCCGUACCGAAAGACACCUGAAGCUGCAUCUUAG